AUGCCUACCAGACAAGAAGUCGCCUACUUCGGAGCCGGUCCUGCACCGCUCCCAACCUCAGUCGUCGAGGCUGGCGCACAAGCUUUCGUCAACUACAACGACUCCGGCCUGGGUCUCGGAGAGAUCUCGCACCGUUCCCCCACCGCGAACAAGAUCCUCGAGGACACGAAAACGAACCUGAGCACUCUUCUGGACAUCCCCGAUAACUAUGAGAUCCUGUUCAUGCAGGCUGGUGGUAGCGGCGAGUUCAGCGCGGUUGUGCAGAACCUUGUCUCUGUGUGGGUUGAGCGCAGACGGCGCAAGGCUGAGGCUGAUGUUUUGGCGGCGAACCCCAGUGAGGAUAAGGCGCAGGUUGAGGAGCUAGUCUUCGAGAGAGUGCAGAAGGAGGUCGAGGAAGAAUUGAAGCUCGACUACCUUGUCACUGGAAGCUGGUCGUUGAAGGCGUCGCAGGAGGCUGUGCGGUUGGUCGGAUCGAAGUAUGUCAAUGUUGCUCUCGAUGCGCGCAAGGCCAAUGAUGGCAAGUUCGGUAGCAUUCCCGGCGAGGAGUCGUGGUCUCUGACCCCGACCAAGCGCGAUGGUGGUAAGGGAUCCGCCUUUGUCUACUUCUGCGACAAUGAGACUGUCGACGGUGUGGAGUUCCAGGACUUCCCCAAAUCGCUGGAGUCGCAAAGUGGUGAUGAGGAGGAUGAGCGGAUUGUUGUUGCAGACAUGAGCUCCAACUUCAUUAGCAGAAAGGUCGAUGUCAGCAAGUACUCAGUCAUCUUUGGCGGCGCUCAAAAGAACAUCGGUGUUACCGGUAUUACCAUCGUUAUCAUCAAGAAAUCCCUUCUUCCCCCGCAAAUCGCAACGCCGCCAGCAGCCUUUCUCCACCGUCUGAACAUCGGAGGUCUUCCAGGCCCCGUGGUGUUUGACUACGCCACCAUCGCCAAGAACAACUCCCUCUACAACACCCUUCCCAUCUUCAACCUGUGGAUCGCCGGCCAGGUAAUGUCCGACCUCGUCAAUGCAUACGGCGCAAAGAAGGUCUCUGGCCAGGAAGAGGUUUCCAACCACAAGGCCAACCUUAUCUACGGCGUGCUGGACAAGUACCCACAGGUGUACCGCGUUGUCCCUGACAAGAGCAUCCGCAGCAGAAUGAACAUCUGCUUUCGUGUUCACGGCGGGGAUGCUGAGAAGGAGAAGGAGUUCCUUGCUGGGGCUGACAAGCGCAUGCUCCAGGGUCUGAAGGGUCAUCGCAGCGUCGGUGGUAUGCGGGCCAGUAACUACAAUGCGGUUUCUGUGGAGAACGUCGAGAAGCUGGCCAAGUAUCUCGAGGAUUAUGCCACCGGACAGUAG